AUGAUUACCAAAAACGAUAACUAUACUUCCGCGAACAAUGACUGUUACGACUACAUGAAGUAUGCAAAUCUUACAACCGAACCGAAUCGCUGGAUUUUGGAGCCGUUGGGUAUUUGGCCAUUGAAAAGAGAUUGCGUCGAGGUUUCUUGGAAGGACAAUUUCCUCCGUAGAGGAAAAAACGUGAUCUUUUAUUUUCUGAUGAUUUUUGUCUUUGUAUCUUGCGUUCCUUACGUGAUUUUUGAGGUCGAAAGUAUCUACUAUAAGUUGAAGCUUACCGGUCCAUUGAGUUUCUGUGUCAUGGCCUUCCUUAAGUAUACCCUUUUGACUAUCCGAGAGAAGGACAUUCGAUGUUGUAUCGAGUCCAUCGAGAUGGAUUGGAAGAAGAUAUCGCAUUUCGAGGACGAACGAAUAAUGAUCGAUAAACUUCAUACUGGACGACGUCUCGUAACUCUUUGCAUCAUUUUGACUUUCGGUGCUGCUGGUUUUUAUCACGUUGUCUUACCUUUGAUGAGCGGAAAGGUUUUUGCACCUGCUAUAAAUGUAACAUAUAGGCCAGCUCCUUUUCCCGUAACCAGCUUGCUCAUGGAUAUUCGUUACAGUCCGGCAAACGAAAUUAUUAUCUUUAUUCAAUGUCUUUACGGAUUUACGGCUCAUUCAAUUGCAGCUGGUACUUGCAGUUUGGCAGCCGUUUUCACGAUGCACGCUUGCGGACAGCUGCAGGUCUUGAUGAAUUGGCUGGAACACUUGUUGGAUGGUCGGGAAGGCAUGUGUUCCAACGUGGACGAAAGAAUGGCGAGUAUCAUCCAACAACAUGUUCGAACCUUGAAUUUCAUAUCGCUCACUGAAAAUUUAUUAAAUGAGGUUUCUCUAAUCGAGGUCGUUGGGUGCACUUUAAAUAUGUGCUUACUUGGAUAUUAUUGCAUUAUGGAAAGUAACAUGUCCGAAAGAAUAGGUUGCAUAACGUAUGGCAUAGUUCUUACAUCCGUGACUUUCAAUAUUUUCAUAUUUUGUUACAUAGGGGAGCUACUUAUAGAACAGUGUCAAAUAUUAGGAGAGCGAACGUAUGCUAUCGAUUGGUAUCGUUUAACAGGAAAGAAAAGUCAACCUCUUAUUCUCCUAAUCGCCAUGACGAGAACAACAACGAAAUUAACUGCUGGAAAUUUCAUGGAACUUUCUUUGAGUAGUUUCAGCGACAUUAUCAAAUCUUCAGUCGCCUACUUAAAUAUGUUACGAACAUUGACGUAA